AUGAUGCUGCAAGAUAUGAAGCAGCAGCACAAUGAAGAGUCUACGAAAAAGGAGGACAAUGAAGAGUCUACGAAGAAGGAGCACAAUGAAGAAUCUAAAAAGAAGGAGCGUCACAUUGUGACUUGGACUCAAGAGGAGGAUGAUAUACUAAGAGAGCAGAUUGGUAUUCAUGGAACUGAAAAAUGGUACACAUACUUGAAUUCUGAUUUCAAGAAAGGUGGAUGGUCAGCUGAGGAAGACAUGCUCUUAUGUGAGGCUCAAAAAAUAUUUGGUAACAGGUGGACAGAAAUAGCAAAGGUGGUUUCAGGCAGAACGGAUAAUGCUGUGAAAAACCGUUUCUCCACACUCUGCAGAAAGAAAGAAAAACAUGCAGCAUUAGCAAAAGAGAACAGCACUUCAUACUUCAAUUCAAAUAACAAGAGAAUUAUGUUCCAACAUUAUAAUAAUAUGGAUACAACAUCAGAAUCUGGAGUAUCUAUUAAGAAGAUGAGGAGGGCCCAUAUUCCUGAUGAUGCAGAAAAGAUCAAAUUUGGGGACCGAUCACAUUUACGUAAUGGAGCUCCAUUAAAUCAACAGCAAAGAGCACCAUUUACAGUACUAGCUCAAAAUUCCCAUAAUUCAGACAACUUGCCAGACCAGCAUCAUGUUUGCAAUCCCAAGUUUGAUACUGCCCACGAUAACAGGAUUCAAGGAACAUUUCUCAAAAAGGAUGACCCAAAGAGAAGUGCAUUGAUGCAACAGGCAGAGUUACUGAGUUCACUAGCUCUAAAAGUUGAUACCAAAAAUAUGGACCAAAGUCUAGAACACACUUGGAAGGUUCUUCAAGAGUUUCUGAGUCGAAAUAAAGAAUCAGAUAUCCCUGGUCACAAAAUUCCAGAUUUACGGCUUGUUGAUAAAGAUAUGAUUAAGGAUUUGAAGAGUGUUAAUGAGGAAGGCCAGACUUGUUGGAGGCAAGUGGAGUGGUACGAAGACUCUCCAGGUAGUUCUGGAUACAGUACAGAAUCAACUUUCCUGUGCCGGUCGGCUGGUGAUAAUUCAGAACACCCAUUGCAUCAGGAUAUUGGAACCGAAAUGAAGUCUGAACAACUUGGAGAUGAAAACGGAGUAGGUAGAGAAGAGAAAAGGGUUCUUGCUACUGCAAAUAUGGAUCAAGAUAUGUUACGAUGUUGUGAGGAACAGACAAACAAGGAUGGGAUUGUUUCUACCUCAUCAAGAUUGGAGUUCAACUCCCCUGUUCAAGUAACCCCUCUGUUCAGAUCCAUGGCAGCAGGAAUUCCCAGCCCACAAUUUUCAGAAAGUGAAAGGAACUUCUUAAGGAAAACACUAGGAGUGGAAUCUCCAUCUAUCAACCCAAGUGCCAACUCAUCACAACCACCACCCUGCAAAAGAGCCCUACUACCCAGUCUAUAA